GCGGGGCCCAAAGGAGGGGCGGGGCCAGGAGGGAGGGAGGGAUUCAGGUGAGGAGGAGGAGGAGGGAGGAAGAGCAGUGCCCCGCCGGCAUCUGUUUCUGAGCAAUGACCUCCAAGGCCAAGAAGCGAGUGGUGCUGCCCACGCGCCCCGACCCCCCCAGCACGGAGCAGAUUCUCGAAGAUGUGCAGCGCGCCCAGCCCAACGACCCCGUCUUCGUCCUCCUGGCCGAGCCCAGCGAAGAUUUGCCCUCCCCAACCAAGAACGAAGACCCCGAGGCGAAACGCGAGCGCCUCUACCGGCUGACCCAGUCGUACGUGGAGAUGAACCACCGCCUCCAGAUAGCCUGCAGCCUGCUCAAGGAGAAGUGCGAGGAGCUCAAGCUGGCCGGAGCGACUCUAGAGCAGGGGAUCUUGGAGAUGAAGCAAAGGGCCUUGUGAGAUGACGCCCGCUCCGGGAGGCGGGCCAGCGACCAAGCGCCCCGAGCAGCCGGCCCGUAGCGCGCCCCCACUGCCCGCGGCAGCUCCAGCAUGCAUAAGCUACGCCACUCAAACACUGUCUGUGUGCUCGGUCUUGUGAAUGUGUCCCAAAGCAGCUGCUCCGUUCCACGCCGCC